AUGGCGAACAGCAGCAAUAACAGCAACCCGACGCCGCCGUACCGUCCGUAUCGCCUGAAGAAAAUCCUCACAAACCACACACGUGCCGUCUCCUGCGUGAAGUUUUCGAAAAAUGGCAAGCUAUUCGCCUCGGCGUCUCUCGACAAAACCCUCAUCGUCUGGUCCUCGGAAACCUUAACCAAAUUAUUCAGUUUGACUGGGCAUUCUGAUGGAGUCUCGGACCUGGCGUGGUCCUCUGACUCGACUUACAUCUGCUCUGCUUCGGACGAUCGGACCCUCCGAAUCUGGGAUGCACGCUCCGCGGAGUGUGUCAAAACCCUCAAGGGCCAUAAUGAUUUCGUCUUCUGCGUGAACUUCAAUCCCCAAUCUAAUUUGAUUGUUUCAGGGUCUUUUGAUGAUACAGUUCGGAUUUGGGAAGUGAAAACGGGUAAAGCUUUGCACGUCAUCCGGGCACAUUCGAUGCCAGUUACAUCUGUCCAUUUCAAUCGGGAUGGAUCAUUGAUUGUCUCCGGGAGUCACGAUGGUUCGUGCAAAAUUUGGGAUGCCUCCACCGGCGGCCUUUUGAAGACACUCAUUGAUGAUAAAGUCCCGGCCGUGUCUUUUGCCAAGUUCUCACCGAAUGGGAAGUUCAUUCUUGUUGCUACCCUGGACGAUACUCUUAAGCUUUGGAACUACUCAACUGGAAAGUUCUUGAAGAUAUAUUCAGGUCACAAGAACAGAGUAUAUUGCGUAACAUCAACAUUCUCUGUGACGGGUGAGAAGUAUAUUGUCAGUGGAUCGGAGGAUCACUGCAUAUACCUGUGGAAUUUACAGGGUAAAAAUUUGGUUCAGAAACUUGAAGGACAUACUGAUACUGUGGUAUCAGUUACAUGCCAUCCCACAGAGAACAUGAUUGUUUCUGCAGCUCUUGAUAAUGACAGAAGUGUGAGGGUCUGGGUUCAACACUAA